GUUGAUGAAUUUAAGACAUUAAAUGCUCAUCAACUGGAUUAAUAUUAAUGUAUUGAUAACUGAAAGAAAGAAUCAUCACUUUCUGUUCCAGUCUCUCUGUGUCUUUGUUAUCUAUUAUUAAUGGAGUUUUAGAGCUCCUUUGAUGGUAAACUAAACCCAUCAAUAUUCCGUUUCAGAAAUCUGGACCCAGAAAUCUCCUGUAAAGUUUGAACUCAAUGAUUAAAACAGCCAUCUUGACCUUGCUAGCCAUAGCCACUUCUUUCUCCUUCUUCCUCUUUCCUCUCCCUCCAAAAUCUUUCUAUCACUCUCUAUUUAUCUCCUCUUCCUUAUCUGACAACGCCUCGAUAUCACACCAUCUCUACACCCUCACUCGCAGGCCUCAUGUUGCCGGAACUCAAGCCAACGCAGAAGCUGCCAACUAUGUCCUUUCCACUCUCAAUUCCUACAAUAUCCCAUCCCAUAUCGCCUCCUAUCAAGUACUCCUAACUUACCCAAUUUCGCGUUCUUUAACAUUGAAACCGAAUCGCGCAGACCCACCUGUCCAUUUUGAGCUUCGGCAGGAGAUUUAUGAUGGUGACCCGUAUGCGGAUGUUGCCGGUGAAGUCUUGCCCACUUUCCACGCUUAUGCAAAAUCAGGUACUGUGAGUGGUCUUGUGGUGUAUGCGAACUAUGGACGCGUGGAGGAUUUCGAUACAUUGAAAGAGAUGGGGGUGAACGUGUCUGGGUGUAUUGUAUUGGCGAGGUACGGACAGAUUUUUAGAGGGUCGAUUGUGCAGAAUGCGAUGAAAGCAGGUGCUGUAGGGGCAGUGUUGUAUACAGAUAGGAAGGAUUACGGUGGUGGAGGAGGGGAUGCGAAGUGGUUUCCAGAUGGCAAGUGGAUGCCACCGAGUGGGGUUCAAGUGGGUUCGUUGUAUAAUGGGUCUGGAGAUCCGACUACACCAGGAUGGGCAAGUACUGAAGGGUGUGAGAGGAUAUCAGAGGAGGAGGUAGAGAUUAUUGGGGAUGUUCCGCUGAUACCUUCAUUGCCCAUAUCAGCAGCUGAUGGUGAGAAGAUCAUGGAGUCAAUUGGUGGACCAGUGGCAGAGGAGGACUGGCAGGGAAGCAAAGGCUCCCCUGUUUACAGGGUUGGACCGGGACCAGGUGUUCUAAAUCUUAGUUACACUGGUAAUCAAACAAUAGCUACAAUUCAGAAUGUUAUUGGGGUCAUUGAAGGGAAAGAAGAGCCUGAUCGAUUUGUCAUUCUUGGUAACCAUCGGGAUGCAUGGACCUUUGGAGCUGUUGAUCCCAACAGUGGAACUGCUGCACUCUUAGAGGUUGCUUCUAGACUAAAGAAAUUGCAGAAAUUUGGCUGGAGACCUCGACGAACAAUUGUUUUAUGCAACUGGGAUGCUGAGGAAUAUGGCCUAAUAGGAUCAACUGAAUGGGUAGAAGAGAACAAGGAAAUGUUAUCUUCAAGAGCUGUUGCUUACUUGAAUGUUGAUAUUGGGGUAGGUGGAGCAGGAUUCCACGCCUCCUCAACUCCACAGCUUGAUGAACUACUCAAAAAGGCUACUCAACAGGUUAAGGAUCCAGAUAACUCGUCACAAACCAUUUAUGAAUCAUGGCUUGGCUCCAGCAACUCUCCAGUGAAGAUUGGGAGAUUAGGAGGUGGAGGAUCAGACUAUGCAGCUUUUGUGCAACACAUCGGUGUUCCUGCAUCUGACAUGUCUUUUGGGGAAGGAUACCCGGUAUACCAUUCAAUGUACGAUGACUUUAUUUGGAUGAAAAAGUUUGGUGAUCCUAUGUUUCACAGACAUGUUGCAGUGGCAAGUGUUUGGGGUUUAUUAGCACUUCGAUUAGCGGAUGACAGGAUUUUACCUUUCAAUUAUCUAUCCUAUGCGCUCGAGCUUCAGAAGAGUGCAAAGGACUUGGAAGAUCAAGUUUUGGGUAAGGGCAUAAGCCUUGCUCCAUUGUUCAAGUCUAUUGCGGAGCUUGAAGAGGUAGCCGCAAAUAUAGAAACCCGAAAAAAGGAAAUAGAAGAAAGCAAAGCAUGGACAUCAAUAUUGACAAGAGACCGUAUGACGGUGAGAGAGCUCAAUGACAGAUUGAUGAUGGCGGAGAGAGCUUUCACAGACCCAGAUGGACUCUUUGGCCGGUCGUGGUACAAGCAUUUGAUUUAUGCUCCUUCAAAACACGACGAUUAUGGAUCCAAAUCCUUCCCUGGAAUAGGUGAUGCCAUUGAAGAGGCAAAGAGUAUGGACUCUGUACAGUCAUGGAGUUUUGUACAACAUGAAAUUUGGAGAGUUGCUAGAGUGGUCAGACAUGCCUCGCUUGUCCUCAGUGGCAAGCUAACAUGAAUUUGUGGUGGUUGAUCACUCAUAAGCAACAGUUACACAUCAAAUUGAGGUUUGUUUCACAAAGUUCUGUCAUUUUGACAUGUUUGAUUGUAUGUAUCUCUAGGUUUCAUACUGUAUCAAAAUAAAGAAGACAUUGGUCUGCACAAGUAAUA